AUGAUCUCCCUGUGUCCUAACUUGUUACAGUUUAGUGCUAGGCCGUGUAAGCGUUGUCAAGAAUACAUCUAUCCUGACGUGGCACCUCUGCGGUCUUCAAGGAUCUUGCACCAGCUGAGAAAAGCUGAUCCAGAGCCAAGAGAGACUGUCCUCUCAAAGGCGUACGGGUUCAUGGUUCUAACUGGUGCUGAUAAUAACUUAGCAAUGUUAGCUCAUCUAGCCAUCAAUGUUGCCAAGGCCCACAUGGUGGAGUAUCCUAUCACAUAUAGCACGGACCCAGAAAACGGGCAGCUCUUCAAAUGCAUUCAGCGAGGCCACCAGAACACAUUGGAACUGUAUCCUCCUUUCUUAUUUUUUCUAGCUGUUGGAGGUAUUUACCACCCGUGUACAGUUUCUGGCUUAGGCUUGGCUUGGAUUGUUGGACGAGUUUUUUAUGCUUAUGGCUGUUACACAGGAGAACCCAACAAGCUGAAUCAAGGAGCCCUGGGGUCCGAUGUCCUCAUUGGCUUUAUGGGUACAACUGUGUGCUCUGCUUCCCAGCAACUCAGGGAGGUUAAAACUGGUUUGGGUGAUGGAUCCAAAUGCUGCCAUUAA